AUGGAAAUUGAGCAUAGCGAGGACUCCUUACUGGCAGUGGAGCUAGUCCAUGUCGUGGAGGCGGCUUACAAGGUUUGGCAUGCUGAUAGUGUUGACGCUGAGAGGUUCGUGAUUCUAUACUAUCUGCACGGUGGUGGCUAUUGCUUCUUCGACGGCAUCACGAGCCAUCUAGAACUCGCGACGCGUAUGAUCGCCAAGCUACAAGCUGAUCUGUUUUCUGCUGGUGGGGUUAGAGUAAAAGUGGUCGCGUUCAUUUUGGACUACACGCUGGCACCGAAGGCCGUCCUACCCGCUCAGCUCGAGGAGGCGGUUGAAGGCUACAGGUUCUUACUGUCGCAGGAUAGAUUUCUCGUGGAGGCUAGGGACGUCGUGAUCAGCGGUGACUCGGCUGGUGGGGCGUUGGUGCUCAGUCUACUCAAAUGCCUCGACGAGGGAGCCUUCGGGUGUGCCUCGUUGGCCCGCCCUGGGUGUGCUCACGCCGUUUCACCCAUGUUAAGUUUCUCUCGCAGCCUUGCACGAGAGGCGUACAACUUCAACCGAGAUUUCCUCUCAAAUUGUUUGUUAUGGUAUUCAGCCAGUUGCGCAUUGUACGGACGUCCAUCGCGUCCCGGCGAGCGGUGUGGCAUAGGCCAUCGGCCGUUCAAUGGCGAAUCCUCCAAAGAGGCAUCAUCAUCAUCAUUUGAAUCGGACCGAAUCAGUGCUCCAGCGGGGGUGGAGCAGGGGCAACAGGAGAGGAGUGCGACGUUCUCGUUCGACGACGCCAACAGCGCCACUUUUGCGGGAAUCCCAAUUCUCGUACAGGCCGGUGGCUCGGAAGGUUUCCUCGACGAGAUAUUAGACUUCGUCAAACGGGUCGAUGACGCAGUGACACUCGAGGUUUAUGAGGACCGCUUCCACAUCUUCCCGAUGCUCUCUUGGAUAAUACCUCAGGGUAAAACGGCUAUCGAGCACUGGGCUUCGUUCGCGACAAUGGCGCUGACGGGCAAGCCUCUGACCUUGGGCCAACACUUCGCAGUUUGUCCAGCUGGCUCCAUGAGGCCACAUCCUGACCUUGACUGGGUCACUACUCGGCUUUUUGUGAUGAGCGUUGAAUAUUGCUUGGCGCCUGGCACUGUGUUCCUCAAGCAGCUCAAGGAGGUUCUCGAAGUUUGA